AUGGCGACAACGGCGGCGGUGACGGUGGAUCCUGGCGGCAGAGACGAGGCGGCGCGGCGGAACAGCGAGAGCCAGUGGAGCGAUCCCUGGAACGACUCUUUGGGAACCUGGUCCACCCAGGGAUGUAAAACUGUGCUUACCGAUGCAUCCCAUACAAAAUGCUUAUGUGAUCGUCUCUCCACCUUCGCCAUUUUGGCUCAGCAACCUAGAGAAAUAAUCAUGGAAUCAUCUGGUGCACCCUCAGUUACUCUUAUAGUAGGCAGUGGCCUUUCAUGCUUGGCUUUGGUUACCCUAGCAGUUGUCUAUGCAGCACUAUGGAGGUACAUCAGAUCUGAGAGGUCAAUAAUUCUAAUUAAUUUCUGCCUAUCUAUUAUCUCAUCAAAUAUCCUUAUAUUGGUUGGACAAACACAGACACAUAAUAAGCGCAUCUGUACCACGACCACUGCAUUUUUACAUUUCUUCUUCUUAGCUUCAUUUUGUUGGGUUUUGACUGAAGCGUGGCAGUCAUACAUGGCUGUAACUGGAAAAAUUAGGACACGACUCAUAAGAAAACGCUUCUUAUGCCUUGGAUGGGGUUUACCAGCAUUGGUGGUGGCAAUAUCGAUAGGGUUUACCAAGACAAAAGGAUAUGGAACUAGUAAUUAUUGCUGGCUGUCUCUUGAAGGAGGGCUUCUUUAUGCAUUUGUUGGACCCGCAGCUGCUGUUGUCCUGGUCAACAUGGUGAUUGGCAUUUUGGUGUUUAAUAAACUUGUUUCCAGAGAUGGAAUCCUUGAUAAAAAACUCAAACACAGAGCAGGUCAGAUGAGUGAGCCUCAUAGCGGUUUGACGCUCAAAUGUGCCAAGUGUGGAGUAGUUUCAACAACAGCUUUGUCAGCCACCACCGCCAGUAAUGCCAUGGCAUCCCUUUGGAGCUCCUGUGUGGUAUUGCCUCUCCUCGCUCUUACUUGGAUGUCGGCAGUUCUCGCCAUGACAGACAAGCGAUCGAUAUUAUUUCAGAUACUCUUCGCAGUAUUUGAUUCGUUGCAAGGCUUUGUCAUUGUCAUGGUCCACUGCAUUCUCCGAAGGGAGGUUCAAGAUGCAUUUAGAUGUCGAUUAAGAAACUGCCAAGAUCCAAUCAAUGCAGAUUCUUCAAGUUCAUUCCCUAAUGGACAUGCUCAGAUCAUGACAGAUUUUGAGAAAGAUGUGGACAUUGCAUGUCGGUCAGUCCUUCAUAAGGACAUUGGACCAUGCAGAGCAGCUACAAUAACAGGAACACUUUCAAGAAUCUCAUUGAACGAUGAUGAAGAGGAAAAAUCGGCAAACCCUGAAGGAAUGAGCUACUCAACAUUGCCUGGGAAUAUACUUUCUAAAGUUAUCAUUCAGCAGUCUGGAGGUAUGCACAUGCCCAUUAGCAUGAGUGAGCUGGCCAAUCAGUGUCUGAAAAAAGACAACACAGAGUUGCGACGGACUGUAUAUUUAUGUACUGACGACAACCUGAGAGGUGCAGAUAUGGAUGUAGUCCACUCUCAGGACCGACUGAUGGAAAGUGACUAUAUCGUCAUGCCCAGGGGCUCAGUGAGCACGCAACCAUCGCUGAAGGACGACAGCAAGUUAAAUAUAGGCAUGGAAACCUUGCCUCAUGAAAGGCUCUUGCACUACAAAGUUAAUCCUGAAUUCAGUAUGAACCCCAGUGUAAUGGACCAGUUCAAUAUGAGUUUAGAUCAACAUCUUACUACCCAGGAACACAUGCAGAACUUGCCUUUUGAACCCCGUACAGCAGUAAAGAAUUUCAUGGCUUCAGAGAUGGAUGAUAGCACAGGGCUAGCAAGAAGUGAAACUGGAUCAACCAUAUCAAUGAGUUCUUUGGAGAGAAGAAAAUCGCGUUAUUCGGACCUCGACUUUGAAAAGGUCAUGCAUACGAGGAAGAGGCACAUGGAAUUGUUUCAGGAAUUAAAUCAGAAAUUUCAAACACUAGACAGAUUUCGAGAUGUACCCAAAUCAGGCAGCAUGGAAAAUCCAACAGCAGCGAACAAGGCUCCCUGGGACAGUUUCAAAAACACAAGUGAUUACCAACAUUAUACCACAAUAAACGUAUUAGAUACAGAGGCAAAAGAUGCUUUAGAACUAAGACCAGCAGAAUGGGAGAAGUGUCUGAAUUUGCCUCUAGAUGUACAAGAAGGUGAUUUCCAAACGGAGGUUUAACGAAGAUGCAAACAAACUGAAGCGAAAGGAAACUCAUAGAACAAUUUUAUUUGCACUGACCCUACAGAGACUUGGGAAGCCUGACACGCCCAUCUGAACAUUGCGGCAAAUGUGUAUCAGGACCUUCAUGUGCCAAAUGUCAGUGAAUUCUUUUCAUAUGAUAUAGUCCCACUGGCCAAAACUAGUGGGGAGCCAGGUGUACAAUUCUUACCAUCGUGUCUUCAGAAACACAACUUCUAGACAAACAAGUUUUUCUUUUACUGCCACCCUAGCAUGGCACUUUUGGGGAUAAAAGGAAAUAUUUAUUCCUGCGCUUUCUGAACAGAAAUUGACAACAAACUAAUAUAGUUCAUAAAGUAAACCAACAACAAAUCUUCUCAUGACUAGAUACAGAAUUUGGAUUUUGUUCUAGGAUUUUGUAUUAUUGGACUAGAUUGUCCAGUCUACCUGCAUGUGAUAUAAAGGAAAUGGGCUGAUAAGAAGAAAAGCUGACUCAAAUGUAGAACCCUCUGACCUACAACUAUACCUUCAAUGCUUAAUAUUCUGAAAUACAUCAGUUUUAAAUCUGG